AUGUCUGCCCAAUUCGACCCCGACUAUUUCGCAGUCCUUGAACCGCUAUUGCCGGUCCUAGCGAAGCGGUCCACACUUUCUAUCGAGGAUAUUCAAACUACUCGAGAUGACAGAGAGACAGGUAUGGCCGCGUUUCUAGCGCGUCUACCGGAGUGUCCCGACGUGGAAGAGACGGUCCAUCAUGCCGAAGCUUCCGACGGCUACCAAAUCUCGGUUCGCAGCUUCACAAAGAAAGGUGCUCGCUCAGUGCCAGGACCGGUCUUGCUACAUUUUCAUGGUGGAGGUAUGGUACUGGGAUCAGCCGAACUCUUUGCCAAACCUCUGUCGGGUCUCGUGAGCCGGACGUCGGUCCCCAUCUUCAGCGUCAACUAUCGUCUGGCUCCCGAGUUUCAAGGCACAACUCCGGUUGAGGACUGUUAUGCCGCUUUAGUCUGGUUACACAAAAAUGCGCAGAUAUUGAACAUUGACCCAGCGAGGAUUGGGGUCUUCGGAGAAAGUGCAGGUGGUGGACUGGCUGUUGGCGUGGCAUUGAUGGCGCGGGAUAGACACCUCCAGCCUCCUCUUGCCAAGCAGAUCCUCAUUUACCCUAUGCUUGAUGACCAAAAUAUGACGGCCAAUGAGGUUAUUGAGCCCUUAGCAUUCUGGAAAACAGCAGACAAUAUCGCAGCCUGGACAGCUCUUCUCGGUGACAAAGCUGGCCAGCCCAAUGCGGAUGUCUCUCCUUACGCAGCCCCUGCGCGAGCCAAGAGCGUAGCAGGCUUGCCACCGGCUUAUAUUGACGUCGGGGAGUUUGAUAUUUUCCGCGAUGAGAACAUGGUCUACGUCAGCAGGCUGUUGAAGGAAAAUAUCAAGACAGAACUGCAUCUAUAUCCUGGGUUGCCGCAUGCAUUUGAGCUGGUGGCGCCGGAUAUCGCACCGACCCAGAGGGCGGUCGAGAAUAGAGUCAAUGCCAUGCUCAGCUUUUAG